UCACUGCUGGGGGUGUGUGCACAUCAAGCUGUAUAAAUACGCCGGGUUGUCAAACAGUAAAGUUUGAUCUGGACGCGCCACGCAGCAGGCUGUGAGCCCGGGCCCUGAAACAGGACUGGAGUUCAGACCUCAAACAUCUGAAGACAUUGAACACUUCCAAUAGGCGCAGUCACAAGGGAAACAGAGAAUCUACUCACUCUUAAUACCAUUGAAACUUGACACCGUUGUCUGCAGAGCCGUCCAAUCAGGAGCCUUGAGAGGGACUCCGCUGACCCCCUACACACAGAGCCCCAUCAUGGUGGCAGCACACGUUUUAUACACUUUAUAAACCCAGUUCCCCUGCAUAUGUACCUGUGUUGAUGGCCCCGGUUUGAACACGGCCACCUUUACUGCUAAAGCAAAACAACAACACCAGGCGCCAUCUUGUAGCUCCGCCCCCGGUAGCUCAGCCCCCGGUAGCGGCGCCAUGCUCCUGGAGGUGAAGGUGGCGCUGAACUUCAUCGUGUCCUACCUGUACAACAAGCUGCCGCGGCGCCGAGCCGACCUGUUCGGGGAGGAGCUGGAGCGCCUCCUGGUGGCGCGCUUCGAGGGCCACUGGUACCCCGAGGCCCCGCUGCGCGGCUCGGCCUUCCGCUGCCUGCACCUGGGGGCCCCCCGGGACCCGGUGGUGGAGCUGGCGGCCCGGCGCAGCGGCCUGGACACGGAGGAGGUCCGCGCCAACGUCCCGGCGGAGCUCAGCAUCUGGGUGGACCCCUACGAGGUGUCCUACCAGAUCGGGGAGCAGGGCGCCCUGAAGGUGCUGUACCUGGAGGACCCCCCGGGGCCGGGCGGGGGGGCGGAGCGGGGGGAGCCGCCGGGGGACGGGGCCCCGGGGGACGGGGGCCCCGACGAGGCCCGGAGCCUGGGCUUCAACCCUGACGCCCAGGUGUUCGUCCCCGUGGGCGGGCGGGCGUCCCCCGGGCCGCUGGGCUCGCUGUCGGCCUCGCCCACGCCCGGCCCCGCCCCCCCGCCCGGCCCCGCCCUCUUCAGCUACCCCGGCACCCCCACCGCGCACUCCUCCAACCCCUCCACCCCCUCCCCGCCCCUGGGGGCGCUGUCCUACCUGCCCCCCCCCCAGCAGCCCCCCGGGGCCCCGGGCCGCCCCCCCCUCCAGCCCAUCACCUUCACCACCGCCAGCUUCGCCGCCACCAAGUUCGGCUCCACCAAGAUGAAGAAGAGCAGCGCGGCCGGCCCGGGGGCCCCCGGGGGCCCGGGCGGCGGCGGCGGCGUUGCCGUGGUAGCCGUGCCCCCUCAGAGGAUCCUGUCGCACUCCCCGCCCGCCGCCCUCCCCCCCGCGGAGCUGCUGAAGCACAAGCCCCUGGCCCUGGCCCUGCACGCGCUGGGGGCCCCCGCCCCGCCCAGCCAGCUGUCGCCCAACGCCAAAGAGUUCGUGUUCCCCGGCUCCCCGGGGGCCCUGUACUUCGAGGUGGACCCCCAGCCCAUGGCCAGCCCCUUCCAGCCGCCCCCCCACCUCAACGCCCACCCCAGCUACGACCUCUUCGCCCGCCCGGCCGCGCCCGGCCCCGGGGGGCUGUCCUACGGGGAGAAGCCCCCCUUCGGGGAGGGUCUGGGGGGGUACAGCCUGCAGUACCCGCCCCAGUCCUUCCCGCCCGUGGUGCUCGCCAACUAGCCCUGAGGAAGAGGAGGAGGAGGAGGAGGAGGGCGAUGGUGGUGACGAAGGUCGUUCCUCCAGCGGGGUUUGGCCCGCGGUGGAGGGACGCCACAUGAUUUGUUUUCUACUUUAGGGUUUUUUGUUUGUGACGGCGUGGGAUUAGUUUGACUCACAGAGGCUCUGCUCCUCUCUGUGGGACGGAGGGAUUCUUCUUUUUCUUCCUCCCUGCGGUUCCUCCACCCUGAAUGUCAGAGUGGAGGAGGUGUGGAGCAGGUCAACACGAAACGGCCUCCAUUUUAGUUUGAAGUUUUGUUUUUGCACUCUUACAGCGAGGAAGGACCUUGGCCAAGUCCUGCAGUAGACGGACGGACAGCCGUGGAGAGCUCAGCACUUUACACUGCAAUCUGCUUUGCCCCAGUUAGUGUGUGUGUGUGUGUGUGUGUGUGUGUGUGUGUGUGUGUGUGUGUGUGUGUGUGUGUGUGUGUGUGUGUGUGUGUGUGUGUGUGUGUGUGUGUGUGUGUGUGUGUGUGUGUGUGUGUGUG